AUGCCAAUAGUACCUUCUCAAGCAGGAUAUCCGGUUAAUCGUCGUACCAAUUGUCCGCACAUUCAAGAUCAUGUCUCUCCGGAUUGGGCUAAAGUUACAGUAGAUGUUAGUAAACCAUGCACCGUUUGUAACGAUGCUAGCGAGAAUUGGCGCUGCUUAGAAUGUCAAGGUCACGCCGCUGAACAUAAUCAAGGCACUUCUCAUCCAAUAUCCGUUUCUUUUAGCGAUCUUUCUACUUGGUGUUAUGCUUGUGACGAUUAUGUAACUGACCCGCUUCUUAAACCUAUCGAAGCAGCUUUACAUCUCUCUAAAUUUGGGACCAUACCUCCAGAUUCAGGUGAUAUUGAAAUUGCGAGUGAAGAGAAUUCUACAGCAGGUGGAGAGGGAACUAGCGGUUCUGCAUCAAAAGCUUAA